AUGGAGGUUGCCAAGUCUGUAGUUGCAAGUGAACUGGUGAGCCGGUUCAUCUCCUUCCUGAUGAACAAGUACCAAUCCUCCAGCCAUGCACAGUCAGAGGAGAAGGUGCUGGAGAACUUGCAGCAUCUCCUGAUGAGAGCUUGCACCAUCGUCGAGGAGGCAGACACACGAUACAUAACCAACUCCGGGAUGAUGAUGCAGCUCAAGACGCUCUCAGAGGCCAUGUACCGAGGAUACAGUGUGCUGGAUAACUCGAGGUACCAAGCCCUCCAAGAUGGUGCGUGCAUUGACAAGGUUAGCAGCAACAAUUCAUCUAGCAGCAGUUUGUAUUUAGCCAAGCGCUCACGAACAACAACUGAUAAGGGCACACACCUUGAGUCGCACAGUGCCUUGGAAAGUUUAGAAAUUGCUAUAGCUGACAUGGUAGAAUUUGUUGUGCUUCUGGGUGGAUGUGAGCGCAUGUCUCGUAGGCCAUACGACGUUUAUCUUUACACCGACAACUUCAUGUUCAGCCGACAUGCUGAAAAGCAAAAGCUCUUGAGCUUCUUGUUGCAGCACAACGACCCUCACGGAGAUCAUGCACUCCCAGUUCUCCCGGUCAUAGGUGGUCCAACAACUGGGAAGAAAACUUUGGUUGCCCAUGUGUGCGGCGAUGAAAGGGUUCGCUCGCGAUUCCCUUCUGUAUUGCACUUAGAUGGAGACAACAUUAUGAGCAUACUUGACCAUGGAAGGACCAUGGAAGGAAUGUUGUUGGUCGUUAUCGAGUUUGCUUCUGAUGUAGGGGACGAUGAUUGGAAAAAGUUUCGCUCAUUUUUCAUAAGAAUAGGCAGAGGAAGUAAGAUAAUCAUCAUAAGUAAACUAAAAAUAUUAGGCAGGUUUGGAUCGGUGAAACCAAUUUUCCUUACUGUUCUAUCAAAUGAUGAGUUGAGGUACCUUUUCAAGGCAUUGGCAUUCGGGAGCAUAGACCCUGCAGAACAUCCACGGUUAGUUCAAGUAGCAGAUGAAUUUGUGAAGGUGUUGAACAAUAUGCAAGGUUCACUUAUCGCAGCAAAUUCAUACGCGGAUGUGUUGAGAAAAAAUCUCAAUGUUCGGUUUUGGCGUUGCACAUUGGACAAGGCAAUAAGAUUUCUUAAAAGAAACCUAUCCAUAGAUGGUGUGCAACCAAGCACGCGUUUAGCACAAGGUCAUCAAGUGGACAUAACAGACUUUGCUUUGCAUCCACUUAGCAUGACACGUUAUACAAUUAAUGUUUCAAUCAAGGAGGAAUCACCAAGUGUGACAUUGGGGGGACUUAUAGUAGAUCCAAGUGUUAGACCAGAAGGAGACUUUAUUCUAACAUCAUGGGAAUCAAGGUUACCCCCUCAUAAAUCAUUUGUUUAUUUUGCUACAAGUCAUGCUCAUGACACAUGUGAAGGUAGUGCUUUGUUAGGUAGGAAGCGACGAGGAGUGCCAAUUUAAGAGUUUUUUUUUGGAGCUCAUGUAAUGUAACUCUUGUUGUAUUUUUUUGAUACAUGGUAAAAGAAA